CGGGAGUUUGACCCGGUUCAAGCGGCAUCGCUGAUAAUUCCGAUGACAGACGAUUUUUGUGGAGAAGAAAGAGUGAUUUGAUGUUUGGAGGUGUUUUGUAAUUUAAAAGAUUAGUAGAAAAGUUUUAUUUAAAAAUGGAGUGCUCGAUUGGAAUUCAGUUUAAAGAUUUUGUGCUCGUCGCAGCCGAUAUGACAAAUGCGAUGUCGAUUGUGGUUUUAAAAAGCGAUGAGAAGAAAAUCCACAAGAUUUCGGAUAAAAUCGUGAUGGCAGUAUCCGGGGAAGCUGGAGACGCAAUUCAAUUUUCGGAGUACAUAAGUAAAAAUAUGCAACUCUACAAAAUGCGAAAUGGAUAUGAGUUGUCCCCGAAAGCCGUAGCAAGUUUCACUCGUAGAAAUCUUGCGGAUUAUUUGAGAUCCAGCACGCCCUACUUCGUAAAUCUUCUGAUGGCUGGAUACGACGAUCAGACUGGUCCAGAACUCUAUUUCAUAGAUUACUUAGCCUCUUGUAUCAAAGUACCUUACGCAUCUCACGGAUACGGAGGAUUUUUCUCCCUCACAAUCCUAGACAGAUUUCACGACCCUUCAAUGACGGAAGCAGAAGCCUACGAACUUAUGAAGAAGUGCGUUCGUGAAAUUCACAAGAGGCUCAUCGUCAAUUUGCCCAACUUCAAGGUUCAAAAGAUAUCCAAAGAUGGAAUCGAGGAACUGGCGCCAAUAAUGGCACAAAAUCUGGCAGUAGAAAGUGCCGCAAAGGCUUCUUAAUUUUACGAUCCUUAUUUUAUACGGAAUCAGUGUUCAUAUUCUAUAAUUUCAAUAAAAUACAAUUCAAAAACGUU